GAAGUAUGGAGUUUUUCCUAGCCACCGUGCUUCUACACCUGCAUUGCUUGAGGUUUGGUGUUUUAGGCUGGGUUUCUAUACAGGACUUUGUGACAUCAGCUGAUGUAAGAAGGGCUUUAUAAAUACAUUUGAUUGAUUGACUGAAAUUUGAUUGAGUAACAGAGAGUGUUUCAGAGUGAGAGAAGGAGAAACAGAGAGUGUUUCAGAGUGAGAGAGGGAGGGAGGAACAGUGAGGGUUUUAGAGUGAGAGAGGGAGGGAGAAACAGAGAGGUAUUGAUAUUGCUAUGAGAGAAGACAGAGGGAGAGAGACCAUAUAUGUAAAGUAUGUCCAUAUGUGAGUAUUUGAGAGACAGGGGAUGCAUGUGUCUGUGUGAGACAGAGAGAGGAGUGAGAGAAGGUAUAUCCUCUGGCCCUUGGAGAGUGAGUGUGAGGCUGAAUGGGAGCCAGGAAAAGGGGAAGGGCCUCGCGUCAGCCAACAAAAACAGCUGCCUGAGAGUACGCAGGAAAACAGUGUCUGGUAGAGUAUAGGGAGAGGGGGACAGGGAGAGAGGACAGGAGAGAGAGAGAGCGCCAGGGUUCACAUCUCUAUAUGGGUUGCGUCCUGACUGCGGAGCCUUGCUGUGGGGAGGAAGCAGAGCCUGUGCCCUUGGUGAGAGGGUCACUGACGCGCCGUGGUCCAGAGAGGUCCAACAACGGCAGGAUGAGGCUGACUAAGACAGGGAAGGGGGAGCCCCAUGUCUUCAAGGAGAAGACCUUUAAGAAGAACCGUCAGUGUGGGGUGUGUCGCCAGAGUGUGGACAACACGGGGUCCUUUUGCCGAGUGUGUAAAACAGCCACUCACAAGAAAUGCGAGGCAAAGGUGACCACAGCUUGCAUCCCAGCUCUCCCGUCUGAUCUGCAGCGCAAAGGACCUGCUCCAUCCCGACACAUCCAACACCUGGGCUCCACAAGGUCUUUGACUUGCAACAAACAGAGGAACACCCUCUCCAGGAGUAUCAGUGUGGACCGUGUGAUGGAGAGAGUCAUGGAGCGUCAUUAUGACUUUGACCUGACCUACAUCACCGAGGGGAUCAUCUCCGUGUUCUUCCCCCCUCUGCUGGACGAGCAGCGCUACCGUCUCAACCUCAAGGAGGUGACCGCCAUGCUCAGGUCCAAGCACCAGGACAAGUUCCUGCUCUUCAACCUCUCUGAACGGCACCGUGACAUCACCCGCAUGAAUCCAAAGGUCCUUGACUUCGGCUGGCCUGACUUCCAUGCCCCUCCCCUGGACAAGAUCUGUGCCAUGUGUAAGGCCAUGGAGACGUGGCUGACCUCCGACCCCCAGCAUGUGGUGGUCCUGCACUGCAAGGGCAACAAGGGCAAAACAGGAGUGAUUAUUGCAGCCUACAUGCACUACAGCAAGAUCUCUGCAGGGGCAGACCAGGCCCUCAGCACCCUGGCCAUGAGGAAGUUCUGCGAGGAUAAGGUAUCUUCCUCCCUCCAACCGUCCCAAAACAGGUAUAUCUACUACUUUGGGGGGCUCCUCUCUGGGGCGAUCAAGAUGAACAGCAGUCCGCUAUUCCUCCACCAGGUCCUCAUCCCCACGCUUCCUAACUUCCAGGGCAAAGGAGGUUACUUCCCCUUCCUGAAGCUUUACCAGUCCAUGCAGCUGGUCUACACCUCAGGGAUAUAUGACUUGCAGGGUUCUGUGGGCAGAAGACUGUGUGUGACCAUUGAGCCAGCACUGCUGCUGAAGGGAGACAUCAUGGUGAAGUGUUACCACAGACGGGCCCAGGGUGCAGAGAGGGACACAGUGUUCAGACUGCAGUUCCACACUUGCACCAUCCACGGGGCCCAGCUAUGGUUCGGCAAGGGGGAGCUGGAUGAGGCCUGUACUGAUGAACGAUUUCCCUCGGAUGCCACUGUGGAGUUUGUCUUCUCCUCUGGACCAGAGAAAAUGAAAGGGCGUGAGUACCAGAGAAAUGACCCUGCUGUCACAGUGGACUACAACACAGCUGAUCCAGUGGUGCGCUGGGACUCCUAUGAGAACUUCAACCAGCGCUACCAGGACAGCCUCGAUGACAUAGCCCACACCAGGGGUCCAGUGGACGGAAGUCUGUACGCCCAGAUAAAGAAGCGUCUCUCAGCCCCAGGCUCUGGCUCCCUGACCUCCACUAAUGGCAGUCCAGCAGGCACCAGCGAGGAGAGGCCCAGUCAGAGCCAUCUGCUCUCUCCCAGCUCUGACUCUCUCACUCACUCCGGCCACUCGUCUGCCCUCGCAGAGCGGCCAGAGGAGUCCCGAGGGCUCCCGCCACCCACCCGGCAGGAGAGAGAGGACCUGGACCGACUGCUGGGGGGCAUCGAGGGGGAGAGGGAUGGCCUGGACAGAGAGAGGGAGACUGCCAUCCUGGACGAUGGGGACUCGUCCUCGCCGUCUGAGCAGACAGGCACCCUGAGGUUGGACCGCUCCUGUUCUUGCCGGGUGGGCUACCACUCCCAGCGCUGUGCCGAGCCCGGCUGCGACCGACUCCACCUCAUGUCCAGCGGCUACUGCCGGGACAGAGCGCCGGGCACCAACGGCCACCCUGGGUCACCGCCCUUGACUAACCCUGCCACCGUCCCCUCACACAUGGACCUGUGUCAGCACUACAGCCCACACCCUCACCCCCAUCAGGCCCUGCCUCCCCCUGACCUGGUAUGGAAUCGCCAGCAGGACCCUCCACACUACCAGCACCGUGAGGGACCCUCUCGUCACCCCUCUCUGUGCCCGUAUCCAUCCCAGGACCUGACCUCUCACCCCCACACCCUUCAUCCCGGGCGCCUGCUCUGUAGAAGUGAUGACUAUGGUCCGUACCACCACCCUCCCUCACACACCCACCAUCACCCUCACCACCCCAAGUCCUCCGGGUCCUACCAAGAUAUGCUGCUGCUGGACGGCCUGCCGCCCCCUAGCUGCCCCUGCCGGGACUGCCUCAUCAGGAGGGAGGAUACAGCCUUCCACGGCCUGCGGCUGGAGCGAGGAGAGAGCUUCCACUGGGACAGAGAGGCAGAACUGCAGCAUCGGGAAGCAGGGCUAAGGAGAGUAAGGGAGUCUGAGCUGCCUAGAGGGGCAGAGAUGCACUGGGAGAGGGAGGCAGCAGGACUGAGAAGAGGCAGGGAGAUGUCACUGCACUGGGAGAGAGACAGGGAGGCAGAGCUCCAAUGGGAGAGGGAGAGAAAGGCCGACUAUUGGCACCGGAGGGCCUACAGGCUUCAGGACCACGAGCUACCUGCCUUCACCUUUGACCCCCUACCGUCCGGCCACCCUGCAUACCCGGAGGCUUCUCGCUCCCACGGGCACGCCCACCUGGACCUGAAGUACAGCAACAGCAGCAGCAGUGGCUACCAGACCCCGCACCAGGUCUGCCUCUGCUCCCCCUACCAGCCCUCACCCUCUGAGAGCAGGGGUUAUGCCUCAGGCUACCAGUCUGAGUCCACCUCCCCUCUGCCCCCUCCCUCCACUCUGUCAGGCCCCUGCAGCCACAGCAGAGGGCCAGCAGACCACCACUCCGAAGCCCACCCUCAGCAGCACCCAUCCGAGAGCCAGACAGAUGGAAGGGGGAUGAGUGAGAACGUGAGUUGGCGGGACCACAUCUCCCAGGGUUCCUUCAAGAGGAUGCAUCCUUCAAGAGAUGUCCCAUGUUCCACGCCCUCUGACCUCUCUAGGCCGCCCACCCCUGUUCUCACCAGCAGCCCUCUGUGCACACAAGAAAGCCUCAGUCUAGGUGUGCAAGAGUGUGAAGUUGGAUCGACUGACAUAGUCAACAGUGACUGUGAGUCUGUCCAGUCUCAGGAUAGGCCCAGCAGUGCUGCUGCUCAGGGGUCGCAGGUCAACCAGCAACACAUCCCUGACCCUUUACAGUCUACAUCCGUGACACUCACUCCUUCCCCCACCCAACCCAACAGCCACUGGACCACACUGACAGCAACACAACCACCCUCACCCCACCAGCAGAACCACAGUGCUACAUCUUCACCCCACCAGCCCCAGAACCACAGUGCUACACCUUCACCCUACCAGCCCCAGAACCACAGUGCUACACCUUCACCCCACCAGCCCCAGAACCACAGUGCUACACCUUCACCCCACCAGCCCCAGAACCACAGUGCUACACCUUCACCCCACCAGCCCCAGAACCACAGUGCUACACCUUCACCCCACCAGCCCCAGAUCCACAGUGCUACACCUUCACCCCACCAGCCCCAGAACCACAGUGCUACAUCUUUACCCCACCAGCCCCAGAACCACAGUGCUACACCUUCACCCCACCAGCCCCAGAACCACAGUGCUACAUCUUCACCCCACCAGCCCCAGAACCACAGUGCUACACCUUCACCCCACCAGCCCCAGAUCCACAGUGCUACACCUUCACCCCACCAGCCCCAGAACCACAGUGCUACACCUUCACCCCACCAGCCCCAGAACCACAGUGCUACACCUUCACCCCACCAGCCCCAGAACCACAGUGCUACACCUUCACCCCACCAGCCCCAGAACCACAGUGCUACACCUUCACCCCACCAGCCCCAGAACCACAGUGCUACACCUUCACCCUACCAGCCCCAGAACCACAGUGCUACACCUUCACCCCACCAGCCCCAGAACCACAGUGCUACAUCUUCACCCCACCAGCCCCAGAACCACAGUGCUACAUCUUUACCCUACGAGCCCCAGAACCACAGUGCUACAUCUUCACCCUACCAGCCCCAGAACCACAGUGCUACACCUUCACCCUCAACUACAACCAGCCAGCCCAGCAACCACUGCCACCCUGCUACACCCACUCAGACACCCACUGAGAAAGCUAGCCUAACUGGUCCAAAGACCACCCUUCCUACAGAGACUGCUAUACUGCCUCCUGUUGGCCAGCCCCAGUUCCAGUCCCCCAACCCUGUACCUGGAGCAUGUCCACUCAGGAAACUGACCACAGAGGUCCCUAAAUCCAGCUCCACCUCCACUGCCACUUCCUCCCCCAAGUCUCCUAUCAGCAGUCUGGAAGGGUCCCCCUCCUCAGAACCUCCUGUGCCCGGCUUCGCCACCCUGGGCCGGAGGUUGAUGCUGGUCACUGAGCCCCCAGGACCCCUGCAGCACUACCCUGGCAUGGAGGGCAGCACCAGCGGGCACUCUCCAGCCCCUGAGGUACACACCACCCCCACAUUCCCCACCUCUGCCACCGGCUGCUAUCCCCAAUCUGUCCCACAUGUGCCAUACUCGAGCUACACUCCUGUCACCAUCCCCCAGCGCCCACUCCCAGAGAAGCGGGGUCAGUCUGCCCAGCCAGGGUCGCCUAAUUUCGGGGUGAGGACCCUGAGGCCAACCCCAUCACAGCACCAUGUCACCUUCUCUCCAACGGUGGGGGAGAUGGCGCCCCCUGCAGGCCAAGGAGAGGGAGUGCUAUCUCUGGAGAGUGAGAUGGCAGGCAGAGUCAGUGUUACGUUUGUCCAGGACAACUCACGCUUCUGGUACAAGCCUGGCAUCUCCAGGGACCAAGCCAUAGCUGCGCUGAAGGAGAGAGAACCAGGGGCCUUUCUUAUCCGGGACAGCAACUCCUUCCAGGGAGCCUAUGGCCUGGCGCUGAAAGUGGCCACCCCGCCCGCUAACCUCAACAACCACAGUAGCAGAGUGGUCGAUCCAUUGGAGCAGCUGGUGCGACACUUCCUGAUUGAGACGGGCCCCCGUGGAGUGAAUAUUAAAGGGUGUCAGAAUGAGCCCCAUUUUGGGAGUUUGUCUGCGUUAGUAUACCAACACUCCAUCACUCCCAUCUCUCUGCCCUGUUCCCUACGGAUCCCAGAGAAAGAUUCCAUUGGAGAAUUGCAGGAGCUGCCGUCGACUGCCAGUAACAUGAGCACAGCUUCAGACCUGCUCAAACAGGGUGCAGCCUGUAAUGUGCUUUACCUGAACUCUGUGGAGACUGAGUCACUGACCGGACCCCAGGCCAUCUCCAGAGCAACCGGAGCCACCCUGGCACAGAACCCCCGGCCAGCGGCCACAGUGGUCCACUUCAAAGUGUCCUCACAGGGCAUCACACUGACCGACAGCCAGCGCAGGGUGUUCUUCAGGAGACACUACCCAGUCAACAGUGUGACCUUCAGCAGCAUCGACCCCCAGGACAGGAGGUGGACUAACUCAGACAGCACAACUUCUAAGGUGUUUGGGUUUGUAGCCAAGAAGCCAGGCAGCAUGGCAGAGAACGUGUGUCAUCUGUUUGCAGAGCUCGACCCGGAGCAGCCUGCCUCAGCCAUCGUCAACUUCAUCAACAAGGUGAUGUUAGGGCCGCAGCGCAGGUAGAGAGACAGAAAAGGAGCAAGCCAAGGACCUGUCACCGUAACAACACUGUCACAACUCCUAAAGAGAGUCAGGAGGCUACAGAAAUGCUUUACAGACCCACAAAGCACCAGUGGUGGUGGCAUCUUUUCAAAGACUGAGUUUUGACCCCAAAGGUUUCAACAUUUUAAACAUGACUGCCAUUUUGAAUUAUAAUCAAAAUGUAAUCGUUGUUUAUAUUCUAAUGUCUAUAAUGCCGACCUUGAUAGUUGCCUUCAAGCUACAAAAGCGUUGUUGUCACUUGUUAGUCAGUAAUCUAAGGUAUCAAUAAGUAGCCUAGCCUACCAAAGAUCUUGCCUCAACCCUGUCACUCUCCCUUUGACAAUCAUAAGUGUAAGUCAACCAAAAUGUAGAAGAUGAUUUGGUCAUACAGUAGGAUACAGUAGGCUACAGUAGGCUAACUACAUUAGGCUACAGUAGAUUACAGUAGGCUACAGUAGACGACAGUAGGCUACAGUAGACUGACUACAUUAGGCUACAUUAGGCUACAGUAGAUUACAGUAGGAUAAAUAAGGCUACAGUAGGCUACUCUGGACUGACUACAUUAGGCUACAGUAGACUACAUUAGGCUACAUUAGACUACAUUAGGCAACAGUAGAUUACAGUAGACUACAUUAGGCUACAGCAGGGUAUUUUAGGCUACAGUAGACUAUAGUAGACUACAUUAGGAUACAUUAGGCUACAGUAGAUUACAGUAGACUACAAUAGGCUACAGUAGACUGACUACAUUAGGCUACAGUGUAUUACAUUAGGCUACAGUAUAUUAGAUUAGGCUACAUUAGGCUACAGUAGACUACAGUAGGCUGCAGUAGACUGACUACAUUAGGCUACAGCAGGGUAUGUUAGGCUACAGUAGAUUACAGUAGACUGCAGUAGAUUACAGCAGAUGACAGUAGGCUGCAUUAGACUGACUACAUUAGGCUACAGUAGAUUACAGUAGACUACCAUAGGCUGCAGUAGAUUACAGCAGACGACAGUAAGCUGCAGUAGACUGACUACAUUAGGCUACAGUAUACUACAUUUGGCUACAGCAGGAUAUGUUAUGCUACAGUAGAAAGUAAAAGUGAGAAACGUCUAUUUGUAAUGUGCAAGCAACAGAGUGUAUGUGGUUAGGAUAUCAAUGUGUGGGGAGGCUAGGGGCUAGGGCACAGACAUGGUAAUGUAUGUGGAGGCUAGGGGUUAGGGUACAGAUAUGGUCAUGUAUGUGGAGGCUAGAGGUUAGGGCACAGAUAUGGUAAUGUGGUGGAGGCUAGAGGUUAGGGUACAGAUAUGGUAAUGUAUGCGGAGGCUAGGGGUUAGGGUACAGAUAUGGUCAUGUAUGUGGAGGCUAGAGGUUAGGGCACAGAUAUGGUAAUGUGGUGGAGGCUAGGGGUUAGGGCACAGAUAUGGUAAUGUAUGUGGAGGCUAGAGGUUAGGGCACAGAUAUGGUAAUGUAUGUGGAGGCUAGAGGUUAGGGUACAGAUAUGGUAAUGUGGUGGAGGCUAGGGGUUAGGGUACAGAUAUGGUAAUGUAUGUGGAGGCUAGAGGUUAGGGCACAGAUAUGGUAAUGUGGUGGAGGCUAGAGGUUAGGGCACAGAUAUGGUAAUGUAUGUGGAGGCUAGAGGUUAGGGCACAGAUAUGGUAAUGUAUGUGGAGGCUAGAGGUUAGGGUACAGAUAUGGUAAUGUGGUGGAGGCUAGGGGUUAGGGUACAGAUAUGGUAAUGUAUGUGGAGGCUAGAGGUUAGGGCACAGAUAUGGUAAUGUGGUGGAGGCUAGAGGUUAGGGUACAGAUAUGGUAAUGUAUGUGGAGGCUAGGGGUUAGGGUACAGAUAUGGUAAUGUUGGUGGAGGCUAGGGGUUAGGGCACAGAUAUAGCAAGUCCCAGAGAUUAUGGGGUAUUGUUAUAUUGAGUUCACAUGUACGUUCUUAUGAAUUUUGCCCUAGAAAGAAACGCUUGCAGUAACCAAGAACAACCAAGGAACAAGGGUGUGCCACACCACUGCCCUCCCCAGUGUAUUGUAUAACCAUGGAUUCUUGUGUCAAGCGCUAUACACAAUAAUAAUAUCCCUUCAAAUAGUCAUGUAGUUCUAUUAUACACAUAUAUUAUGGGUCAAUUAUCUAACCUAUGGUGCAAAUAAUAUUCCUUAUUAUAUUGUAUAUUAUUGAGAAAUAUAUUCAACCAUUACAAACAAGACAAGGAUGAGGUCCUGUCUUUGCCACAACGUCAACAUAACGCUCACGUCUUUUUACCUGUAUGACUUUAUGUACAAACACAAAUCAGAGAGGUGUCUAAGGUCCUAUGUACUUAACCAAAGACAAAGCACUCCUGUAUUAAGAUUGAAUCAUUCAUAUUUUUAAGCUUCAUGUGUUUGUAUUGUUCGAGUUUUGCAUUGUUUUUGUUGGACAUGAAGACUACUUUGUAUAACAGUGGUAAUAUAUUGUGGUCUGUUUUCUUAUUGAUCUUUAUAUGUAGUAAUAUAUUUUCUCACAUGCAGCUAGGAAAGUGAAAGUCAAAAGGAAACAUUCGUAAGGAAAAUAAUCUGUUAUAUGCUAUUUUUUUAAGAAAGCUUUGUAUGCACAAAUGAAUAUAAUAAUACAAAGUUGUGGUACCAAAUCUGA